UUGAGUGACGCCCCCUCACCCCCGGGCUCGGCGGAAAGCGACUCAUGGAACGGCCGUGAGGUGUGGCUUUUGGGUUUCGUUGGCGAGGUGCCGGCAGGCCGGGAGCGGGGGGCGGGGGGUGGGAGCGACGCGGCCAGGUGUGCGGCCCGGGGCAGGGGCGGCCGGCGGGAGGAGCCAGAGAAGUGGGGGACGGUGUGCGGAAGGUCGCCUGGGCGAGGCCGGGCUGGUGGGGUAAGCGCCAUGCGACGCGAAUCCGCGGAGGACGAUGGUGGGAGUACAGUGACGAGGCACAGGUCCGCCGGCGGGUUACCGACCGGAAGUUGGGAUGGAUGGUGCUCGAUAGGACGCAAAGUGAGAGGACGACUGAGGCACUUGGAAGGAAAGACGGGAAAGAGGGAGGAGAGAAUGACACUGCGGUGUCUUCAAGAUCUUAUGGUAGUGAUUUUCAGGGCCACGGACCAUCUGUCUCAGAGGCCUUCGAGUACUCGGUUGCAGACUGCUCAUUUGGGGGCCACACCCAUACUUCCCCUAACGGAAUAUCAGGAGCUGGAGCUCGGGAAGAUGUAUUUUAAUCAGCGC